CUAUAUGGCGUUGUCUAUUCUGUCCAGGAAGUAAUUUUUUUCGUUCUGGCAAUACCCGUCGAUGUCCUUUAUAUUCGAACUCUCCCAUUUCUUUAUUCACAUAAAGACUGGAAACAAUUUUCACUGUCUUCUGUUUUCUUCAAUUUUCCUGCGUAAACAAAGCAAUGGCUGGAACAACAUUCUCUCUUCCCAUUCUCCCCUUCCUGCUGAUGCUUUUGCUAUGCAAUGCUGGAGGGAUGAUCAAAACGGCUAACGCACAGGAUAAAACCUGGUGUGUUGCAAAGCCAUCAUCAACUGAUGCUGAACUGUCUGCAAAUCUUGAAUUUGCUUGUGGUCAUGUUGAUUGCACGACCAUACAACCAAAUGGACCCUGCUUCAACCCCAAUACCUUCAUAAAUCAUGCAUCAGUUGCUAUGAAUCUUUACUACGGUUUCCAUGGCCGAAACCUUUGGAAUUGUGACUACCAUAAGUCUGGUCUCAUUACUAAAACUGAUCCAAGUUAUGGGACCUGCCAAUAUGCUUAGUUGGUGCACAAGGUUCUGAAGAAUUUAUGAGCAUGGUUGUAUGAUAAGCUGGAGGAGUCUCCUUGCUACACUUUCCAUGAACUUCAGCUUUAUCUAUAAUAAUA